AUGACCACUAUACCAGUUAAGAAUCGUUUGAAAUUAAUAAUACCACAACCGCCUAAAGGUGGCAGAAUACUAAAAACAUGUACCAGAUGUCGACGUCAUAAAACCAAAUGUGAUGCACAAGAUACCAACCCUUAUCCAUGUUCACAUUGUUUCAAAAGAAAUUUGGAUUGCACAUUGGAAACCAUAUCGAAAACUGGUGGCAAAAUAACUUCAUUGGAUGUUGUAGAAAGGUUAUCUGUUCAAGUGACCGAUUUAAAAGAAGUUUUGGAUAACAUCAUCAAUAGAAGAAACCAAAUGGUUGAAUUGUUGAUUCAAAGAGGUAAACUGUUGGAAAACUUUGAUGAUGAUAUAAAUUCAACUACCACAUCAAUACCAGAACCACCAAAAUUGGAUAGCCCCAAAGUAUAUACCCCACCAGUAGCUGAAAUACAGUCAUGUAUAUCUACACCUGCUCUUUCACCAGAAGUUUUCCCUUCCAAAGCUGAUUUUGAAAGUCCUGCCAGUAAUUCAAAAUUCAUUAUAGCAUGUAACAAACAAUUUAAAGCGGUUACCCUUACCCAUAAACAAGCAUUAAAACAUUUCACCAAUUAUGAAAACAAUUUCAAUCAUUAUCUACCUAUUUUCCCACAUGAAUUCUUUACAAGUUUAGAUUUGGUGGCGUUUCAUAAAGAGAAUGAAUUGUUAUUUUGGUGUAUUAUGUUGACGUCACUUUUGAAUCAAAAACAAAUGUAUCAUGAAUACCAAUGCUUGGCUGAACAUGUUAAAUAUCUUGUUGUUAAAAAAUGUUGGCUAAAUACUCCAAGGUCAGUAUAUGUAAUUUCAUCAUUAUUGAUUUUGACAACAUGGCCACUACCAAAUUAUAAAAACAAUAUUGAAGACAAUAUAUCCGUCAAAUUCAUAUCGACAAUGAAAUCAUUAUCAUAUCAAUUUGGGUUACACAAGUUGGAAUUCAUUAAUGAAUUUAGUCAUAAAACAAAAAUGAAUUUAUCACAAGAAAUCAAUUCCAAUAAUUUAAUUAGGGAAAGAAUUUAUAAAUUUGUUAAUGUGGUUUCAAAUUAUUGGAUGAUUAAUUUAGGUAUUUCCAAUAAUAACUAUAAUGGGUUCACUCAAGAUUAUAUAAUCAAUAAAGCAUCAAACAUUGAUAUCUAUAAAAUGGAUGAAUUUGAUGAACCUGAUCAAUAUAUUAAUUGCAUGUUGAAGAUAUCCAUGAUUCAAUCUAAACUAAAUGAAAACAUGAACAAUCUAAUUGGUGAUUCAAAUGAAUCGAUCUUGCUAUUACCUAAUCAAGCUAAUACUUCUAAAUUAAUCAAUUUUAAUAUGUUUGAAAUUAUUAUCAAUGAUUUAAAUAAAUUAAAAUUGGAAAAUAUUGAUUCUAUUCAUAAAGAUUUAAUUGAUAUUUCUAUAUAUUAUUCCAAAUUACAACUUUUCAUUUACUCAAUGUCAUAUUCGGAAAUAUCAUUCACAGAAUAUCAAAUUUAUUUAAGUAAAUUGUUGAAAGUUUGUUUCCAAAUCAUAGAAUUAAUUGAUUCAAUACCUAAUUUCAAUUUACAACAAAUGCCAAUAUUUUAUAAAUUCCCUAUAGAAUUAACUAUUUUGACAUUAUUAAGAAUUUUUAAAUCUCCUGUGUUGAAUACUGUUGAAGAUUAUAAGAUUAUUAAAAAUAAUGGAUUUGCUAAAUUGUUUAAACUCCUAUUUAAAGAUAAUAAUUGGAAGUUUGUGAAUAUCAAGAUUUGGAAAAUUAUUGAAAAAUUCAAUCAAUUGGAUAAUAUGUUUAUAUUAGGAAAUCAAGGAAACUCUUUCUUCUUGAUUGAUAAAAUGAAGAAUUAUCUUGUUGGUAGUUUAAAUUAUGAGUUAAUAUGGUUGAUCUAUAAAAAUCAAAGAAAUUCUACACAAACGCUAGAAAAUCAACAAUAUCAAGAACCUAAUUUAUCAUUUUAUAAUCCCCAUGUCAUUGAAUAUUUGAAAUCUAAUGAAUCUAUAUUCUGA